AUGUGUGAUAGGUACAUCGAGCGCUGGCAGAAGCAGCACGGUAAGCGCCUCGACCACGAUGAGCGCACCCGCAAGCGUCAGGCCCGUGAGGGUCACCAACAGUCGAAGGAUGCCCAGAACCUGCGCGGUCUCCGGGCUAAGCUGUACCAGCAGAAGCGUCAUGCGGAGAAGAUCCAGAUGAGGAAGCGCAUCAAGGCGCAGGAAGAGAAGAACGUCAAGUCUUCCGCACCCGACGAGCCCUCCAAGACUCCCUUGCCUCAGUACUUGCUUGACCGUUCGCAAGCGACCAAUGCCAAGGCCCUCUCCAGCGCCAUUAAGGACAAGCGAAAUGAAAAGGCCGCCAAGUUUGCUGUGCCUUUGCCUAAGGUCAAGGGUAUCAGUGAGGAGGAGAUGUUCAAGGUCGUCAACACCGGUAAAAAGACGCACAAGAAGUCGUGGAAGCGCAUGAUCACCAAGCCCACUUUCGUUGGUAACGACUUUACCCGUCGUCCCGUCAAGUACGAGCGUUUCAUCAGGCCCAUGGGUCUGCGUUACAAGAAGGCAAACGUUACUCACCCCGAAUUGGGUGUCACAGUGCAGCUGCCCAUUCUGUCGGUCAAGAAGAACCCCCAGAACCCUCUGUACACACAACUGGGUGUUUUGACCAAGGGUACCAUCCUCGAGGUCAACGUCUCCGAGUUGGGUCUCGUCACCACCAGCGGAAAGGUUGUUUGGGGUAAAUGGGCUCAGGUCACAAACACUCCCGAAAACGACGGCUGUGUUAAUGCCGUUCUCCUCGUCUAA